CCACAUUAGCUGACCGAAAGGGGAGGAAAAAUGGCUCAGGCCCCCUUCAAUCAAUCUGGUGAAAAAGUUGAAUCAUUUAGGCUGCUGAGUGGUCACGCCAUCCCUGCUGUUGGUUUGGGUACUUGGAGGUCUGGUUCUAAAGUCACCGAGGCGGUCUACUCUGCCAUUGUUGAGGCUGGUUACAGGCACGUCGACACAGCGGCUGAAUAUGGAGUCCAAGAAGAUGUGGGACACGCACUCAAGGCAGCCAUGCAUGCAGGGGUAGAGAGGAAGGCUCUCUUUAUCGCGUCCAAGCUGUGGUGCACGGAUCUGUCUCCUGACAGCGUUCGAAAAGCGUUUAACAAGACCCUACAGGAUCUGCAACUUGACUAUCUUGAUCUUUAUGUGAUCCAUUGGCCUUUUCAUCUCAAAGAUGGAGCCAGCAGGCCUCCCAAGCCAGGAGAGGUGUUGGACUUUGACAUGGAAGGAGUUUGGAGAGAAAUGGAGAAGCUUGUCAAGGAAAAUGUAGUUAGAGAUAUUGGUAUACGCAAUUUCACAGUUAAGAAGCUCAACAAGAUUGUGGGUUUUGCUCAAACAAUGCCUUCAGUGUGUCAGAUGGAGAUGCAUCCAGGAUGGAGGAAUGAUAAAAUGCUGGAGGCUUGUAAGAAGAAUAACAUCCAUGUCACUGCAUAUUCGCCAUUGGGAUCAUCAGGCAGUGACCUCAUACAUGACGAAACAGUAGAAACAAUCUCAAACAAGAUAAACAAGACUCCAGGUCAGGUUCUAGUGAAGUGGGCGCUCCAAAGAGGAACCAGUGUGGUACCCAAAUCAAGCCACCCUGAAAGGAUCAAAGAAAAUAUUCAGGUCUUUGGUUGGGAAAUUCCAGAGGAAGAUUUCCAGGCUCCCUGCAGUAUCUCAGAUCAGAGACGAGUCCUUGAUGGGGAGGAUCAGUUCGUGAACAAGAGUGAAGGUCCAUUCAGAAGUAUUGCUGACCUUUGGGAUCAUGAAGACUAAAAUCAAUGGUGUUCUUUUGAGAGCCUCGAGUGUCGCUGUUGUCUAUUUUCUUCUCUGUCGUAUCGAAGUAUGUAGAGAGCCGCUGGAAUAGAAUAAAUGUAACAUACUAUCGUAAAUGUUUGGCUGUACGUACGUAGUGUAAAUAUCGGCUACCGGGUUGAUGGCAAUAAAAUGAUUUUGAUGUUGAAAAA